AUCAGUGAAAUUAAGGAUUUGGAAUCACAGUGUGGUUUUGAACUCAUGACAUAAACUAAAGAAAACGGACAGCAUACUGUUCUUUUUGCACCUGCUUACUUGCAAAUGCAAAUUUUCCUGGAUUAUACUCUAAUAUUUACUCGAGUGACGUUUCUGGUUCGAUGCCCUUGGUUGAACUUGGUGAAGACUGGAUUGACAAGGUUUAUAAUGUAUUGUAUGCCCGAUUAAUCAUUACGACGUUAUCGACAAGCCUGUAAGGUUGAGCAAUAUGUCUCCUGUUGACUGCAGUAGCUUCUUUCUGUGGUAUGCUUACAGAGAACAACUUAGUGGCAUUUCCUUGUGCUGUGUUGUUAUAAUGGGACUUCUUGUUGUACCAAUUGCUUUUAUGAACAUUUUGAUCUUGUACAUUAUCAUGUCUAAGCCAGCUUUCCAUACUCCGUCCAAUAUCUUCAUCUGUAACCUAGCUGUAUCAGACAUAACCGUUGCUGUUAUUGGAAUUCCUCUCUCCAUCACUUGGAGACUUUAUGAACAAACUUCUGGAGAUCCAGAAAUUGCGUGUUAUUUGGGUUAUAGCGCAAUUGUUGCUGGUACUACCGUAAGUGGGGCCUCAAGUUUAACACUUAUUUCAGCUAUUUUGGACCGCUAUCUAGCCUUGAGAUUUCACCUUCAGUACCCCUCAGUGGUAACGAAUGCUCGCGUCAUUACAACUUGUAUACUGACAUGGUUUUCAUCGUCCACAAUUGCGAUGGUGAUUUUCAUUGGUAUGGAUGUAUAUGACUUUUUGAUAGCAUCUCUUCUUGGUCCAUCUAUGUCUCUCUUGUUUUUCGCAUACUACAAGAUAUUCAGAGCUGUUCAUCACCACCAAAACCAGAUUCAUAAUCAGACUUCUAACGUCGAACAGCAAGGAACCUUCCCGAAUUUAUCUCGUUAUAAGAAAAGUGCUAGUGCAUUAUUGUAUUUAUUUGUAUUUUUCUUUAUAUUUUUUGCGCCUUAUAGCCUGUUUUCGUUAUACCAUCAAGUCCAAGGGCAUACGAUAUAUUACAUGAGAGGAUUUGCAAUUUCGGUUACUCUUAUAUAUUUGAACUCGGCUCUGAAUCCUGUAAUCUGCUGUUGGAAGAUUAGGGAACUGAGGCGUGCUGUGAAGAAAACGCUUUUUCAGUUUAUUGGAAAAGAUAUGAAUUCUGCAGAGAUGGGGAAUAAUUCAAGACUUAGUACUAUUAACAGAACAAGGGACAUUCAAUGAAUUCAACGGAAAUUUCAAAAAAACAAGCUCAAUAAAAGUUUCUUAGCUUUAUUUCCUGACCUUGAGCAAAUACAACUGUAUGCUGUAACUAUUUUGCAAUACAUUGUUGAUACUUCUCUCGUAGUUGAAUUAAAAUGUAUGAGUACAUAAUUGAUGUUAGCUGAGAACAACAGAAUAAGUGUUUGGAAAUGUCAACAAACCUUAUGACAGUCUAUGGCAGUCGCUUUUUAAUAAGGUUGUGGAAAAAUAAUAAGAUUUGUGUUAGCUUAGGUAUAAAUGAGUCAUCGCAUGUCUUUGCCAUUAUUGUUUGGUUUUUAUUUUUUUUACCGCACAA